AUGGCUGCGGAAAAUCACACACAGGCGAAAGAGUUUAUCUUCUUGGGCUUCUCCGGCCUCCCAGCCAACCCAACCUUCCUCUUUGUCCUGUUCCUGGCUGCCUACAUGGCCAUUGUGGUGGGCAAUCUCAUGAUACUAAUUCUGGUCCUAGCGGAUUCCUGCCUUCACAGCCCCAUGUACUUCUUCCUCAGUCACCUCUCCUGCUUGGACAUUUGCCUCUCCACCGUCGUCAUCCCAAAGAUGCUUGUCAACUUCCUGCACCAACAAAACACAAUUUCGUACAGGCAAUGCCUGGCACAGACUUUCUUCCUGAUUGGCUUUGCUGGCUGUGAGCCCACACUGUUGGCCGUCAUGGCCUAUGAUCGCUAUGCUGCCAUCUGCAGGCCCCUGCAUUACUCUCUCCUCAUGAGCAAGAGGGUGUGUGUCCAACUAGCAUCGGCCACUUGGGUCUGGGGAUUCCUGGACUCAGCCAUUCAUACUGCCUUGGCCGCAAAUCUGUCCUUCUGCGGAGUCAACCAGAUUCCACACAUCUUUUGUGAUGUCCCACCUCUGUUAAAAAUUGCCUGCAGUGACACACGUGUCAAUGAACUGGCCACUCAUAUCACAAGCCUCUUUGUGGGCCUGGUCCCUAUCCUCAUCAUCAUACUGUCGUACAUCUACAUCUUGGCCUCUGUUCUGAGGAUCCGAUCUGGAGGUGACAGGAGGAAAGCCUUCUCCACGUGUGCUUCUCACCUCAUCGUUCUAUUUCUCUGUCUUGGAAAUGCAUUCCUGAAUUACAACAGGCCAAGCGCUGGAUAUUCCCUGGAAAUAGACACUCUGAUCUCCACCAUGUUCUGUAUAGUCAAUCCUAUGCUGAACCCCCUCAUCUACAGCCUCCGGAACAACGAAGUGAAGGAAGCCCUCAGGAAACUUCUGAACUGCAAAUGGACACGCACAUGCACAAAUGCACACAGUUCUUUUCAGGGAGGGUGGGGAAAUGAGGUCUGGUGCAGCUGUUGUCACGCUUAA